CUCUUCUUUGUAAAUCACUAUUAAAUUCCUUUUUUUUUCCUCCUUUAUAUAGUCUAGUCUAGUUUGCUCGUACGUAAUCGUGAGUAUGCCUGCUACUGCUGUUCUAUCGGAAAAAUCCCUUCAAGGAGUUCAUCUUAUGGGUAAAGAUACCAUCAAUUCUGUUCCUUCUUUUAAAAGGUUGGAGGGAAAAGUUGCAAUAAUAACGGGAGGAGCAAGAGGAAUAGGAGAAGCAACGGUAAAAUUAUUUGUGAAGCACGGUGCAAAGGUUGUAGUAGCGGACGUAGAAGACACAUUAGGCAAGGCAUUGGCCGAUUCUCUUUCACCAUUGGCUACCUUUGUGCAUUGCGACGUUAGCCUUGAAGACGACGUCAUUAAAGUGGUCGACACGGCCAUUGCCUUGCACGGUCGUCUAGACAUACUCUUUAACAACGCUGGUGUAUUAGGGUCACAAAAAAAGUCAAACAAGAGCAUCCUUAAUUUUGAUCCAAAUGAGUUUGACCAUAUCAUGUCGGUCAACGUUAAGGGUGUAGCCCUAGGGAUAAAGCAUGCAGCCCGUGCAAUGAUUGCACGGGUUGGUGCUGGUGGUGGUGGUGGUGGUUCGAUCAUCUCAACCUCGAGUGUGGCGGGUUUUAUGGGAGGACUUGGGCCACACGCCUACACGGCCUCGAAACAUGCUAUCAUAGGCCUAACUAAGAACACCGCGUGUGAGUUAGGUCAGUUUGGGAUACGAGUUAAUUGUAUAUCUCCAUUUGGGGUGGCUACUUCAAUGCUUAUUAAUGCUUGGACAAAUGAGGAAGAUGUGAUGGAUUUAGGUUUACCUUGUGAAGAAGAAGUGGAGAAAAUCGAGGAAUUUGUAAGGGGCAUGGCUACUUUAAGAAGUGCUACUUUGAAACCAAAAGACAUUGCUGAGGCUGCCCUUUACUUAGCUAGUGAAGAGUCUAGGUAUAUUAGUGGUCAUAACCUUGUUGUUGAUGGUGGUUUUACUACCUCUAAAAAUUGUGUUGGCUUGUAACAUUUGCUACCUAAAUUUAUGUAAUCCAUAACUAAAAAGUGUAUGUGUUACCCUAAUUCUUUUUUUCUCUUUAUUAAUCACUAAUUGUACAACACAAAUGAAUUAAGAUUUGUGGAUAAUUUGAUGAUCAAUACCAAAUUUUAUUGCGACUAAUCAUAGUAU